AUGGCAUUCUUCAAAUACUGCAAAGUAAAGAACGCUCUGCUGCAAGUCAUUUCAUGCUCCACAUGCCCUCAUUCCGAUGCAUCUCCAAUUUACCUCGACAAGCAAAUCCAGAGAUGCCACGAUGAAGAGUACGUGAGACUGCGAGAAUCAGGAGAGAUUAAAUAUAAGCUUCAGAUCCCCUCCAAAUGCUCCAGUCGUCAACCAACAUCAACUGAUAUUAUCCAUUCUGAUACUUCCCAUAAUGAUAUACAGAAGGAAAUUCACCACUGCUCAGAUUGUAGAAAGAGUUUUAGUUAUCAGAAUGCACUCAAGACACACCAGUGCAGUCACACAGGAGAGAAGCCGUAUCACUGCUCACAAUGUGGGAAGAGUUUUACUCGUCAGAGUGAUCUCCAACGACACCAGCGCAUUCACACAGGAGAGAAGCCAUAUCACUGCUCACAGUGUGGGAAGAGUUUUACUCAUCAGAGUGAUCUCCAACGACACCAGCGCAUUCACACAGGAGAGAAGCCGUAUCACUGCUCACAGUGUGGGAAGAGUUUUACUCAGCAGAGUCAUCUCCGACGACACCAGCGCAUUCACACAGGAGAGAAGCCGUUUCACUGCUCACAGUGUGGGAAGAGUUUUGCUAGUCAGAGUCAUCUCCGACUACACCAGCGCAUUCACACAGGAGAGAAGCCGUAUCACUGCUCACAGUGUGGGAAGAGUUUUGCUCAUCAGCGUAAUCUCCAACUCCACCAGCGCAUUCACACAGGAAAGAAGCCGUAUCACUGCUCACAGUGUGGGAAGAGUUUUACUCAGCAGAGUCAUCUCCAAACACACCAGCGCAUUCACACAGGAGAGAAGCCGCAUCACUGCUCACAGUGUGGAAAGAGUUUUACUCAUCAGAGUGCUCUCCGACAACACCAGCGCAUUCACACAGGAGAGAAGCCGUUUCACUGCUCACAGUGUGGGAAGAGUUUGACUCAGCAGAGUCAUCUUCGACGACACCAGCGCAUUCAGACAGGAGAGAAGCUGCAUCACUGCUCACAGUGUGGGAAGAGUUUUACUCAUCAGAGUACUCUCCGACGACACCAGCGCAUUCACACAGGAGAGAAGCCGUUUCACUGCUCACAGUGUGGGAAGAGUUUUACUCAUCAGAGUACUCUCCGACGACACCAGCGCAUUCACACAGGAGAGAAGCCGUUUCACUGCUCACAGUGUGGGAAGAGUUUUACUCAUCAGAGUACUCUCCGACGACACCAGCGCAUUCACACAGGAUAGAAGCCGUAUCACUGCUCACAGUGUGGAAAGAUGUUUGCUUGUUUAGUUACAUUUAAGACCUUCAAGUGCACUAACUCAGAGACACUGCAUGAUUUAAAGUUGUCAAAUUAAAUAUGGUUGUUACAGUUUUGACUGAAAAUGACCUGUACUUUGAACUUUAUUGUUCAUGAUACACUGGUCAACAAUUUUUCAGAAGUUGUCUGCUUCAGAGAUGAAAUUGGCUAUUAUGAAAUUUGGUGUGUUGAAUUAGAAGUGACAGUUAAUCAGCUGAUUGGCUAUGGCUUCCAAGAUAUUUAAGAUUUUAAAUUUUAUACUUAUGUACAUUGUGUAGAUCAUAAUGUUUUAAACAUAAAUUGUAAAACUAGGUCUCUUCAUGUGUUUAUGGUCCGUUUACAUGAUAUUUCACCUGUUCUCUUUAUGUAACACUAGAAAAUCAGCAAAAAGUUUAUAUAAAUAAAAUGUAUUGUGAACCAAAUUGCAAAAACAAUUAUGUAUAAGUACUGAAUCGGUUUUGUCCUUAUUCUGUGUGUAAGCAGUGGGUUUUUAUUUAUUUAUUGGCAGCUUGUCUCUUGUAUUCAUAAAAUGGAGCAUCUCUUGUC